CCACCAUAUGUUUAAGAGACAGGAAUGAGGUUUCUAAAGCAGUUUCCUGUAUUGAAGACUUUUCCUUAGUUUUGGGUUUGAAAAUUACUAUCAAUAAGUCAGUCUAUUUCCACGCAAGGACUGUGUUUUACAGGAAGUAUAUGGCAUCCCAAUUAAAGAUAAGAUGAUUUAUCUUGGAAUUGUUAUAUGCAAGGAUGAAUAACAAAUGAGUGAAUUGAACUUUAACCCCAUUAAUGAGAAAACAAAGAAGAAAUUGAACUUGAUGAGAGAUAUUUCGUUAUAUGGUCGGGUUUUAUUAUCCAAAGCUGAAGGGUUAUCCAGAUUGGUUUAUGUCUCGUUAUCACUUGACUUACCCCCUAAAAUUGUAAAGGACUUAGAUUAGAUUCUUUAUCAUUUUAUUUGGAGGAACAAGCCUGACUAUCUACAGAAAUAUAUUCUCACUAAUACCCAAGAACAAAGAGGUCUUGAGGUUCUAGAUUUCAAUACUCUAAAUAAUACUUUUAAAAUGAAUUGGAUUCUGAAGUAUGAACCAGAACAGUAUCUGGAAUGUCUUCCCUAAGUAUUUAUUUGACUCUGGUGGUGGUUUAGAAUUUUUGCUUCAUUGUAAUUUUGAUGUUGAUAAAAUCCCAGUAAAGUUGGCCAAAUUCUAUUAAGCAGGCAAUUUUAGCUUGGAUGUUAGCAAAUCAACACAAUUUUAUAUGGAACAACAAAGAUGUACGAUUUACGAUUCAUAACUGGUUUGAGAAUAAAAUUAUUUUGGUUGGUCAGUUACUGAAUGAGGAUGGAUAUCUACUCUCAUAUGGGGCAUUUCUUGAUAAGUUUAAAAUUCCAAUAACCCCCAAAUAAUAUGCAAUAGUUUUUGAUGCAAUUCCAAGGGGUGUUGUAUCUCUUUUAAAUUCCUCUGUGGUUGAUGUAAGUAACAUAGAUUUACAUGAAAAUAUAUUAAUUGGAAAUAUUAUCAUCAAAGAUAAAUGUUGUAAUAAACAGAUUAGGGAAUAUUGUUUGUGAUACUACAAUUCCCUCAGCAAGAUUAUUUUGGUCAGAUAUCUAUGGUGAUAUAGAAUGGGGGAAUUCAUGGAAAAUUGCUAACAAAUAUUGUAUCAGUAACAAAGUUUCAUUUAAAAUGUUACAUAGCAUUUAUCCUGUGAAACAUGUUUUGGAAAGAUUCAAGCUGAAUAUUGAAUAUAACUGUGAUUUCUGUGGAAUGGAGAAGGAGACCAUUUUGCAUUUGCUUUUUGCCUGUAUUUAUAGUAGAAUGCUUUGGAUUUGACAUACAGAUUAUUAUUAUUAUUAUUUAAUAGAACCAGUUGUACUAUUUAAUCGUUUUGAUAUAAUGAUUUAUUUGAGAAAUUCUGACAUAAAGAUGUAGUAUAUUUAAUCAAACUGCUAAUAAUACUAGGUAUAUUUCACAUUCACACAUGCAAAUAGUCUAAUUCAAAACCUAACUUUUUCACUUUAUACAUGAGUUUAAACAAUAUGGCACUACAAAAAGGCAAUUAAAACUUCUUGUAUUUUUAAUUAAUAUGAUUUGUUUGUUUAGGAUUCCUGGCAAUGUAAAUAGUUUGUUUGUAUGCUUGUUUGCAUGUGUGACUAUUCCUCUUUUUUUUUGUUGAUAAAUGUUAAUAAAAAUUGUUUUGCAAAUGUGUUAACAUUUUUAAAAAACGCCCAUGAUUGUAGCGCUGACUAGUGGGCUUGUGCCGCGACUGCAUUUCUGGUUGGAACGUUACGUCGUUACGUAGCGUAGCGACGCCGGACUACGUGGGUUGUUUUUUUUAACGUGUGGGUUAGCUUGCUAUCGAAGAAUAAAGUGACCAGUAUAAAAGUUAUCUAAAGGAAGCAAUUUCCACCGUCGGGUUUCAUGAUGGCUUUGCAGGGCUCUGAGGAGAUAGAGGAGCAACUCGCAGAGCCUGAAGAGGUUGGAGACGAGGAUGUGAGCAUCUCUCCAGCUGAAGAAAUAACAUUAACCGUCGGGCCUGGAGGAGAGGAGGACACGGAGCCGCUUCUCCUCCCGUGGGAUCGCUUCUCUGCCUGGCUACACUGUAUCUGUGUCGUCGGGUUUGAUCUAGAACUCGGCCAGGCGGUGGAGGUCAUCUACCCACACCAUUCAAAACUAUCCGAGAAGGAGAAAACAAGUAUCUGCUACUUGUCAUUCCCAGACUCCAACUCAGGUUGUCUAGGCGACACACAGUUCUGCUUCCGUUUCCGCCAGGCCUCAGGCAGGAAGUCUUCCCUGGGAUGUUUUCUGGACCAGUUUGACCGUGACGCCCCAGUCUGCUUGAAGAGGGACCAAGGCCAUUACUAUGGUUACGUCUACUUCAGACAAGUCCGGGACAAGUCACUCAAGAGGGGUUACUUUCAGAAGUCCCUGGUCCUCAUCAGCAAGCUUCCUUAUGUCACGUUCUUCCACUCCCUGCUGAAGCUCGUCGCUCCAGAGUACUUUGAGAAGCAGGAGCCGUGUCUGGAGGCUGCCUGCAACGACAUCGACCGCUGGCCCACUCCUCAUCCAGGGAAAAUAUUGGUCCUCCCUAUAAUGGGUACUGUUAUGAAGGUUCGGAUCCCAACAUGUUACGACAAGCCUGGAACCUCUCAGCUGGUACAGUCCACACAGAAUGACAACCUGGUGUCCAUAGUCCUCCCCACGGUCCACGAGGUAGACUUGUUCACGUGUUUCCACCCAGUCUUCUUCCACAUUCAGAUGUUAUGGGAGCUGGUGUUGCUAGGAGAGGCUCUGGUUGUCAUGGCACCAUCACCGGCAGAAUCUUCCGACACUGUUCUGGCAUUGGUCAGCUGCAUCUCUCCACUGCGCUACUGCAGUGACUUCAGACCGUACUUCACCAUCCACGACAGCGAGUUUAAAGAGUACACCACCAGAACACAGGCUCCGCCAUCUGUGAUUCUUGGCGUGACCAACCCGUUCUUUGCGAAGACCCUCCAACACUGGCCUCACAUCAUCCGUAUUGGAGACAUGAAGCAGGCUGGAGAGACUGUCAAGCAGAUGAAGGUCAAGAAGCUGAAGAACCUGAAGACUCUGGACUCUAAGCCAGGUGUCUACAGCGCGUACAAGCCCUUCCUCAACAAAGAUGAGGAUAUCAUUAAACAACUGCAGAAGGGUGUCCAACAGAAACGUCCCUCGGCGGCACAGAAUGCCAUCCUACGACGGUACUUCCUGGAGCUGACGCAGAGCUUCAUCAUUCCACUGGAGCGCUAUGUGGCCAGUCUGAUGCCUCUACAGAAGAACAUCUCUCCUUGGAAGAGUCCUCCACAGCUGAGACCCUUCCUCCAGGAGGACUUUAUGAAGACUCUGGAGAAGGCAGGUCCUCAGCUCACCUCACCACUCAAAGGAGACUGGAUGGGACUCUACAGACAGUUCCUGAGGUGUCCAAACUUUGACGGCUGGUUCAGGAAUCGCAGGAGAGAGAUGAUGAAGAAACUAGAGGCCCUUCACCUAGAGGCUGUCUGUGAGGAGGAUCUGCAGGUGCGUGUCCAGCAACACACUGAGGUGGAGACUGUGGACCUCGUUCUCAAACUCAAAGACAAACUGACUCAGGCAGAGAGAGAGCAGCUUCCUCUGAGGCCGGGGACGUUGACUAAACUACAAGCCCACAUCGACUCUGUCAUCCUGUCUUUACCUGAUGAUCUACAGGGAAUCCUGCACAAGCCCUCCACACCCUGACCUCUGACUUCUGACCUCUAACCCCUGACCACUAAUCAUUGACCUAUAACCCCUGGGGGAGGAGGAAGGGAGGCCCAAGGAAGGACUGCUCCAGUCUCAUCAUUGAACUGUGGAGUUCUAAGACUUUUUAUUUGUAUUUAAAGUGCACCUCACCCUUUAAUAUCUGUGUGACUGAGCCACCUCCAACCUCUCUCCACCUUCAUGUGCAAUGCUGGCAUUGCCCCCCACAAAAAAAUCCACUGAUGAUGAUUAAUUAUUCAACCAGUCAGAAUAUAAGAAGACGAGCCAAUUAGUGGUUUAUUCUUCAGAGAUAUAAUGUCUGUGCUGUAGUGAAUCAUGUCUCUGUGACACAAGUCCAUAAAGGUUGACAGGGUUUCUGAAACAGUUUAAUCUGUGUCCGAAAACCAAACCUUUAGUCUAGACUUUUUUUAAACAGCCUUGUUUUGGAUUCUAACUUAACACUGCAGUUACAAUAAAUAAAUAAACUAUAGACAGAU